AUGCCCACUCAAAAUACAUUUAAUGAAAAUUUAAACGAUUACCCUAGACGAUCGCUGGGACGUAUAUACAGCAAAACCGAGCUGUUAUCUGAAUACUUUGGCUUUUUACCGGUCGAACUUGCUGACGAUGUUUAUAAUGCAUACAACUAUGUCUUUUAUACUGCCCUCGAAGCGCUUGAAAAGUAUUUGAAAAAUCUAGAUGGAUUGUCCCAAGCCAACAUUGACAGUGCCAUACGUCAAUUCGAAUGCAAAGUGGAGCAGGUUCUUGACAAAAAAUUCAACGUGUUUGAACGAUACUUAUACGACAAUAUAUUACAAAUAAGCGAAAAUAAUCAUAUUCCAAUGGAGCACUAUAAGGAUCUGGAUUUAAAGGUUACUGAAGAACAAGAGAAUCUUGUGGAUCAAGAACUUUUGAAAUGUCGAAGAGCGGCGCUUUCACAAAAGGCAAUGAACCAUAUAUUGAAUAAGAAAUUAAACAAGCUUGAUCGGGAUAGCAAAGAAAUAGAGAGCUACCUACAGUUGACACAGGCGUUGUCACAGACAUCUGAAAAUAUCCAUGUAACGCAUCCAGACGAUGUGAUCCGCUUUGCCGCAGACCAGUGCGAACAACUUCGUCAAUCAACACUCAACACAUUGCGGCUCAUCAACGACAAAGACUUGAUGCAAAACCUGACGGCACCGGAUAAACGACUCAAAUACAUGUUGGAGGAUGUGCAAAACAAACUCGACGCGUUCAAAAGCAAGGAAUAA